AUGGCCGACGGCGACGUGAAAAAGGGGACGGUGAAGUGGUUCAACGAUCAGAAGGGGUUCGGCUUCAUAACUCCCGACGACGGCAGCGAGGAUCUGUUCGUCCACCAGUCGGCCAUCAAGACCGACGGCUUCCGCAGCCUCGGCGACGGCGAAGAGGUCGAGUACGUGCUCGAUCAAGGCAGCGAUGGCCGUCCAAAGGCCGCGAACGUGACUGGUCCCGGUGGAUCGUCUGUCCAGGGGAGCACCCGCGGCGGUGGAGGCGGAGGCGGGAGGAGCGGCGGCGGAGGGGGAGGUUACGACAGUGGAAGCAGGGGUGGCAGCCGCGGCUACGGCGGAGGUGGUGGAGCCUACGGCGGAGGCGGAGGUGGCGGCGGUUACGNUAUGGCGGCGGUGGAGGUGGCGGGGGUGCCUGCUACAAGUGCGGUGAGAGUGGGCACAUGGCGAGGGAAUGCUCUCAGGGAGGAGGCGGCGGUGGCGGACGCUACGGCGGCGGCGGAGGAGGAGGUGGCGGUUGCUACAAGUGUGGGGAGGACGGCCAUUUUGCUCGUGAGUGUCCCAACCCAGACCGUUGAGCAUUUGGCUCGUGAGUGUCCCAACCCAACGUAA